CCCAUGUUCAGGCGGCUUCUACUGCAACGGCACCGGACUGACCUCUCCGUCAGGACCAUGUGAUCCAGGCUAUUACUGCUCCACCAAUGCAUCCACGGCCACACCCGAGGAUGGCGGCAUCACCGGUAACCCUUGCAUGGACGAUCACUACUGCCCCGGUCAGACAACCUCACCGUUGCCAUGUGAGGCAGGGACCUACACGACCGAGACGCAUCGCAGCGAGUGUAAUACCUGCCUGGCCGGAUUCUUCUGUACAACAGGAUACAAACCAGAGGAGUGUCCACAUGGCUUCUACUGUCCGGCUGGAACCGGUUACGACUGGCAGCCCUGCCUGACGGGAUCCUUCUCCAACAUGGCUGGCCUGGCCAAUGAGACCAAGUGCACCCUCUGCUCACCAGGGAAGUUCUGCUCUGAGCUCAAUGCGACAAUGGUAACAGCUGACUGCGAGGCAGGGUACUUCUGCACUGAGGGGUCGGACACCGCUACACCUGAGGUCACUUUUAAAGGAGUGGCUGGAGUGUGUCCCGAGGGUUCCUACUGUCCAGAAGGCUCGGACACUCCCACACCGUGCCCAAGAGGAACGUUUGGAAAUGUCACCAAACUGACCAACUCAAGCGAAUGCACACAGUGUCUAUACAGCCAGUACUGCGAAGUCGUAGGCUUGACCGCUCCGACCGGUGACUGCUACCCUGGGUUCUACUGCUUACGAGGUGCCAAAGAUCCCAACAAUCCGACAGUCGAUUCGACCGGCGGUCCUUGCCCCGUUGGUCACUACUGUACAAACGGAACAUCGUAUCCUCUGGACUGCGAGGCUGGAACGUACAACAACCAGACCGGUCAGUCAGAGUGUGACCCAUGUCCAGCAGGGUAUUACUGUGAAAGCGGUGAUGUUCACUACAGCGACACCCCAUGUCCAGCUGGUCACUACUGUCCAGAGGGCACCAAGUCGUCCUACGAGUUCCCUUGCCCCAAGGGCUACUGCAACGACUAUGAGGGCAAACAUGAUCUGGUGGACUGCAAGCCUUGUACACCUGGUCAAUACUGUGGCACUACCAGUCUUAGCACCCCUACUGACCCUUGCGCCCCGGGCUGGUACUGUAUCCGAGGGGCAUAGUCUGACAUGUGUUGC